GUGAUCUGGAGAGUGGCAGAAUUUGAGCCAAUGAAAAUUCGGGACUCAGCAGGCUGAGAGUGCUGCCUGUUGAUUCACGGCGGGUAAGAGCGCUCCACCGAGAGUGAGGGUGCAGACAGAGAAACCUCAAUGUGCAAGCCUGAGGCUGUGUGCGUUUUACGAAUUGAUGCCUCAGACGUGAAUUGCGUGGCGAUACCAGAAGAAGCUUUCUGUGUAGCUGAGACGUGUCGCUCAUCUAUUCGCAUCGGCAGACAUGAAUAAGAGAGCAAGUGACGAGCUUGCUUUCGUACUGAAGUGUAUUCAUUGCAAGCCUCCUCCGGAUAAAAGUACGAAGAACAUAGAUACAAACCAAAAGUUUGACAAUGAAAUAUCGCAUUUCACAACCUCGUUUUCCCAACAAGAAUCCACAAAUGUCGGCUCAAGUCGAAACCCAAUCUUCCAGCCAAGGCGAAGCUCAUCUCAUUCCGUCGAUUCGAACUUCCUUUCCUGAGAUGUUGCCCUGAUGCAGCUUGCUUGCUCAAAGUUUGAAGCUGUGCUUCGAUGCAAACCAACGAGGAUUCACAUCCUAACCACUAGGAACGACUUUCAUGUUGAUGAUCUGCAGUCAGCUUGCAUUUGGCAAAGGUCUAAAUGUGCUCCGAGAUCCAAUGCUCGCCAAGCUUCAACACCAACUGUUGGUUGUGCUCAUGGAAUGCCCGUCGUGCGUUGCGCCGUUUCAACAACUUCUCACGAGACAAUCGGCCAGUCCGAUACAUGCAUACCUAGCUUCCCAAUAGUUUCUGAUAUUGGAUACUAUCUGCUAUGCUUCAUGCGACCCCGAAACGUUUGGCCUGGAGACUCCCGAUGCGGCCCGCAGGUGGUUUCCUUGCAUGAGACACCGUUGGCUCUAAAAGUGAUCAUCCAGCACAUUCCAAUAUUUGGGCGGCACCAUUGGUCUUUGCCCUCAGCUAAUGGUUUGGCUUUGACGCAAGCAUGCAACCAUUCCCCGCAAGAUAUAGACGAGCAACGCCCCGACCCCUUGCCAAGCAAAUAUCAAGGACCUAAGGACCAACAGGCGAAACCUUGGUCAACCGAUGAUCUUCUUCAUGCUGGAAGUCACCAAACGAGUCGACCUACAGGUCAAACUCGGACAAUAUUUGACCAGAGCAAUGCAAUGCAAGGAGAGGCCCAACGACCACCGUGUGUUGCUUGUGAGCACCUCAUUUAAGGAAUGAAAGACACGAGGUCAAGGUUUGUCCACAUAUUCGCAUAACCUUCGAUGCGACCUGACGAGACUUCCAAGCUCGAGGUCGUUAUCUUUUGACAGGGGAUGCAAAUUUACGAGCGUAAAUCCCAUCGUAUGUGAAUGUCUCAAUGUUUAUCUGUAAUACAGGCUUGUCCCGUUCUAGAAUAGAUGGUUCACCAGUUCCACGGCUGAGGGUUGUC